UGAAAGCAAAUAACUAAAAGAAACAUUGGCAACGAAAGUCGCCGUACAAUUCAUUGCCAACUAUUUUAUAUUGGCCAAGAGGGGAAAACAAUAUUUAAUUUUCAGUGCGCGCGCUAAUUAAAACAAAAAAAGGAAUGGAAGAGCCAUAUGAUACUAAAUGGAUUAUUUGUCGGAUUUGUUUAAAAACUUCCGACAACGAGAUGUCUCCCAUAUUUGGCACGGAGGCCAUUAAAACGGGCUUGGCAGAACAAAUAGCUGAAUAUGGUUCAAUCAUACUGAGCGGAUCAAAGACGUGUCCCAACCGGAUAUGUGAUAAAUGCUUGUUGCUGCUAAAUGCGGCCAAAAAGUUCCGUAAACUUUGUCAGCGAUCGGCAAAGCAGUGGCAGGAUUUGAUGGAACUCAAUGAAAGAGAACCAAUAGUUAAAAGCGACAAAAGUAACACAUUAGUAGAAGUUUUAAACAAAACAGAUUAUUCAGAGCAACUGAAUGAAACAGCACGGUCUGAAAAAUCAUUAGUAUUGCAUGAAGAACGUCAAAAGGAUGAAGGAGAUACAAUCGAUAGUUAUGUGUUUGAGGUAAUAGAGGAUGUGGGUGAAGAUUGUGAAGAAGGUGAUGAUCAUAUUCUGGAAUCAAAUGUUGGCGAGUUUGUGGACCUUGAAAACGAUCGCAUCGACUUCCUUGAGGACAACUCUACAGGCCAUUCCGACGAACUGUCAUACUACUCAAACUCACAGUUUGAGGUCUUGAAACACGAAGAAACACUUAGUUCGGAUGGGACUCUUAAUAAAUUCUUUUAUGAUGAAACACACUUAGAGAAGUCUAAAAGGGAGCUACAAAAAACCACUGAACAUUCGGAAGGAGACCUUGGAGUUAGUACUAAAGUAGUGUCACUAAAAGCUCAAGUUACACGGAGCUGUAAAAAAAUUACAGAUCUUAAAAGAAGCUUACAAAAAGCUAAAUCAAAGGAUGUGGGCGAUUCACCCAAGCAGUGGCCAAAGAAGUCAUCAAAUAAUUAUAUAUGUAGCUAUUGCGGUAAUGUUUACAGUGAAAAGGCAAAAUUAACGUUACAUCUAAGGAUACACACGAAAGAGAAGCCACAUGAAUGCGAAAUAUGCCAUAAACGAUUUGCUCAGACGCCACAACUAACCCGUCAUAUGAAUUCGCAUACAGGCAAUCGGCCUUUUAAAUGCAAAUUUUGUGAGGCUAGCUUUGCGGAUCCAUCUACGUGUAUCAAACACCAACGUAUUCAUACACAGGAGCGGCCAUAUGUUUGUGAGACUUGCGGGAAAGCCUUUUCAUAUUCAAACGUUUUGAAGGUCCAUGUUAUGUCUCAUACAGGAGAGAAACCAUACAAUUGCAAAUAUUGCGGUAAAAAAUUUUCGCAAUCACACCACAGAAGAACCCAUGAGCGUAUUCAUACAUAAUGAAAAUAAAUAAAUAUUUCGUCAGAAAUUUGUAUAGUACGUUUUAAGGAGGGUUA